AUGAAUACAUCAUCGGCGAAGAAAACCAUUGAAUUAGAAGCCAAUGCUACAGUACCUCGUGGAGCUUCAAUUAAAUUAACUGUUGAAUAUCGAAUUCGUCCACCAGUUUCAACUGAAUCCGGUCCGAUCUAUGAAGAUGUCUCCUUUGAAAAACAUGUUGAUGUUAACAUGGGUACAAAUGGUCAAUAUAAAGAGCAAGCGAAAUAUAGAUAUGAAAAUGAAACAGAUAUUUCAACCAAAGAAACAACUCAUGAUACUGUACAAACAAUAUUAAAGCCAAGUCAUAUACCUAAACCAGAUGAUAUGAUACUUGUACCUGAGACAAUUAUUGAACAUAUAAGUGAAGAUGAAAAAUCAAUAACAAGUGAAGAAGUUGUUUUUGAAGAAUGGAGUGAAGAAUUUCGUUGUCGUCGUACAGAUGAAUAUGAUCCAAAGACAAAGGAAUUAAUACGAUCAACAAUUGAUGAAACAAGUGAUCGUAUUAAAGGUGAUGUAGUUAAAGAAGAAUAUAAAGAAAAAAAUGUUCGUAUUAAAGGACAUAAAAGUUAUGAUGUUGUUAAACAAAUUCAUCGACGUGUACCAGCUAAUACAUUAGUACCUAUUAAUCAAGUACAAACUCAUGUUCAUGAGGAGAUUUCAUCAUCUCCUCCACCUAUUACUUCUUCUAUAAUUAAACCAAUGACGACAACAACCACGUCGUCGUCAUUACAAGAUCAGCAAUGGUCAACUGAAGAAGUUUAUACAACAGAUAUUGUACAAGAAUCAUAUAGUACUAAUAAUAGUGGAAGAAAUACACCAAAAAUUGAUACAUCAACAUCAAAUAAUUUUAAUCAUGUACGUACUGGUCGAUAUUCACCAGUACCAGCAACAACUCGAGCUAAUAUUUCAACAACACCAACAGCAGAUUAUAAUUAUAUAUCCGAAGCGAUUUCUCCAACAUUUAAAUUUGCUGAUAAACGAAAAGAAGAAUUUGUUAGUGAAGAAUAUCAUAUUGAAAUUGAAACAACCAAAGAUCAAAAUGAAACUAAUGGUCAAAUAUCUCCAUUAAGACGAAGUUCAGAUUGGAGAAAUGAACUUAAACAAAUGUAUUCUUCUGAUAGCAAUCGUUAUGAUCAGUAUGAAAAACAAAUCAAUGGAAAUUAUAUACCAUACAAUAAUCAACAACGUGUUAAAGAAGUUCAAAUCAAAAUUUCUGCACAUCAUAGAACACCAUCUGAACCACGAAAAUAUGAACCAUAUCUUUCAUCAAAACAUACUGUUAAAGAGGUUCUUGUUCGUGUACCACAAUAUCAUCGUUCAUUACUUGAUGAUUAUAAACAAAAACAGAAAAAAAAUUUGUAUUUUUUUGAAACUCAAAAAAAACUUCCUUCAACAUCAACAUCAUUUGAAAAUGAUCGUUUACAACCAUCAAAACGUUCGUAUUCAUCAUCAUCAAUUCUUGAUGAUAAUCGAACACAAUCAAUUCAAACUGAUCGACCAACAUUAAGUCGUGUUGGUGUAUUAAAAAAUACAUUUCAAUCAAGUACAAAUGAACAUACAAAAGAUGAUACAUCGAAAUAUUUAGGUGCUAUUUCAGCUGGUUUAACAGAACAACGAAGAAAAAUAUUUGAAGAACAAGAACAAGCAAAUAAGGAAUGGAAUCGACGACCAAUUAAUGGAUAUCAAUCGAAUGAAUAUCGUACGAAUGAAACUCAUACAGGACCAUCUCUUGUUAGUAAUCGUAUAUCUCGUUUUGAAAAUAUUGAAGCAAAAGAAAUAUCACGUGUACAAUCAACUGAACGUCUUGGUCGAGCAGGAAUUGAUGCUAUUAAAUUAUCUCUUGAAUCUUCCAUAUCAAAAGCAUCACCACAAACAUCAUUUGAUGUCAAAAUGAAUAAUAAUAAACAAAUAAUAUCAUCGAUUGAUUCAGAUUUUAUGGGACCAUCUCAACCUAUUUAUCAAAGUACACCCAAAUCAAUAAAACAAACAUAUCAUGAAGAUCAAGGUCGUGAUAGUGAAGAUGAAUUAAGUGAACCAAAACAAAAUUAUGAUGCACAACAACAACAACAUAUGUCAAAAAUACGUUUACGAGAUUUUUCACAAAGUACAUCACCUUCAUUGGAUACAACACAUCUUAUCGAACGAACAAGAUUUAAUGAAAAAAGUAUGGAAAACAUUUUAUCACAUGUACCAGCAAGCCGAGGUAAAGGUGUUUUAAUUGAACUUUCACCAACAACAUAUCAAACUCAAACAAAAUCAGUUUAUGAAAGAAAUAAACCAGAUAUUACUUUAGAUUCUGGUGUAUUCGAUCGUACAACAACAACAACAACUUAUCAAUUACCAACUAGUCCAGCUUCAUGGCGUAAUAAUGUAUCAACAUCGAUUAAUGAUGAUGGUCUUCAUACGAAUAAUAAUAGUAUUUAUAUUGCAACAGCAGCGACAAGAUCAAAUUCACCUUAUCCUCAACGACCAAUAACUGAUACAGAUGAUUCUUUAACACGAUCAACAUAUAAAUAUAAUAGUGAAAUGUUUUCAAAUGAACCAAGAAAUCAACAACAACAACAACAACGAAAUGUUCGUCGACAAGUAACACAAUCAGCAAAAACUGAUUAUGAAAAUCCAAUGAAUUAUCGAAAUAAUUUCGAUACACAAACAAAAGUUCCUCUAACAACUCAAUCACGUUCAGUAAAACCAUAUGUUGUUGAUGAAAUUGAAACAAUUGAAACUGAAACACAAGUUGAAUGUCAAGUACAACGUACACAUGAAACAAAUGAAUCAACAAAAACUGAACGAGCAGCUAGUCCAAUACAUUCACCAAAUAAAAUACGUAGUAAAUCAUCAUAUAAUUUAUCGGACGAAAGAACACCAGCAAAACGUGUUUAUAUACAAGAACGACCACAAUAUUAUGAAUCAACAAGAUUUAAUCGUUCAUUAGUACAAAAUGAAGAAGAUAUAACAAAUCGACCAUCACGUUUAAAUUCUCAAACAUAUCGAACUAAUCCAAAUGGUUUACAACUUACAUCAUUAAGUUCUCAAACUCAUGUUACAUUUGAUCAAAAUCCAUCAAAUGAAAUCAUUGCUACUGUUCGUAUACCUGAACUUUCAAAUAAUAGAACAAUACGUCAUGAUAGGAGUAAAUCCGAAGAUGAUUUAUAUCAAAAUAUAAAUGGAACAGGUUAUCGAUCUUCACCAACAAUUCAAAGUUAUCAACAACAACUUCGAUCACGAGUUGGUGCAACUGAAAGUACAAAUAAUCGUUCAUCACCAUUAAAUUAUUCAACACAACCAACAUCAUCAUCAUCAUAUCAAUCAACUUCAUACGAUCAAAACCGACAACAAAAACAACGAUCCUAUUCUCCUGAUCCAGGCUUAACACUUCGUUCUCAAACACAAUAUCAUUCUCGCAGUCUUGGUAAUUUAGAUUUUGAAAUUGAAAUUGAAAAACGUCCACCACAUGAAUCUGAACAACCCACUGUUGUUUCACUUGAUCAAAGUUCACGUGCAAUUGUAACAACAUCAAAAGAUGGUCGUGUUUCUAUACAAAAUAUUGCGGCACGUCCAGGAAAUACGGUUGUGAUAAAUAGUGAUUUUCAUGCAUCAGAUCGUUCAUUAAAUCGUUCAUCAGGUUAUUUCAGUUCUGAUGAAAUACGUUCACAAGGUCAUAAUACAAAUUAUUCAAGUGAUGAACAAUCGAGUGGAAUUAAUUUAAAUUCACAAUCACCAUCACAACGUAGACAACGUAAUAAAUCCAAUGAUAAAUCUUAUCAUUUUGAUCGACUGAAUAAUAUCGUUAAUCAAUAUUCUCAAUCAUCAAAUACUUCACUUGGUUUUAAUGAAACUAUUGAUCAAAUUGAUGCAUUAUAUCAUAAUCUUGAUGUUGAAACUGCUGAUCGAUCAUAUGAUUUUUCUAAAUCUAAUAGUCGCAAACAAAUUGAAUUAAAUCCAAAUGAAUAUCCACAACGGUUAACAUCAGUAGGAUUUCAACAUAUACCAUAUGAACAUCAAACAUCAUCUACUGUCAAUGCUAAUGUUAAUAACAAUAAUAAUAAUAAUAAUCAAAAAUGGACUUCAUCAUCAAUAAAUAAUAUUCUUACAUCAACACCAAUUCGACCAACACAAUCUUCAUCUGGAGGUUUUAGUACACCAAAUUCAAAAUAUAGUUCAAUACAAAAUAUGAUUUUACAUCAGAAUCGUUUCAAUCCACAAUCACAAAUAGUUCAACGUAAUCGAGCAUCAGUUAAACAAGUUAAACAAAAAAAUGCUGCAAGAAAACGAAAUACACAAGAACCAUAUAGUGAUGAUGAUGAUGAUAAUGAUUUAUCAUUACGAAUUAAUGCUAGUUUACAUCAACGUCCACAAUCGAGUUCUCGAUCUUAUACUUAUAAUAAUUAA